AUACAUCUUAAAUAUAAAAUUAAAACAAUUAAUUAGACCUUUUAUUAUUACAGAAAUGAUGACAUUUUUAAAUUAGAGUAAUUUUAAUUAUUAUUAAGUAAUCAAUAAGGUGAGAAAGCGAUCCAGGUCGAUCUCAAGAUGGAAAUAGAAUUGAAUAUGGUGAUGAUGAUGAUGAUGAUGAUGAUGAUUUUUGUAGAAGGUAAUAGAGAUACAAAUGAGGUGUAUGAUCCGUGCAUGGAUAGUAAAAUUCAAAGAUCAGAGGGGUUUUCAUUUGGGAUUGCACUCUCUUCAAAUGAAUCAUUCUUUUCCAAUGGAACCCAACUUUCUCCUUGUGAUAAUCGUCUACCAAUCUAUCAUGGUAAGGCAGCCGUAUUCGCUGUAUUUAGGCCCAUGGUGGACGAAAUCUCUCUCCUUAAUGUUUCUAGCUCCGAUUUAGAUCCGGCUGCGAUGGGUGGAUAUAUGGUGGCAUUCGCUGGAAAAAAGUAUGCAGCAAGAUCGCAACCCAUAUUUGUUGCAGACGAUACACACAUUGUAACAAGUUUUGCUUUGGUACUAGAAUUUGAUAGGGGUACUCUGGUGAACUUACACUGGAAAAAGUUCGGGUGCAGAGAGUGCGGAGGGGACCAAUCAUUUGUGUGCCUGAAUAACCAAGACUGUGCAGUACAAAGAUCCAAGUGUAUAAAGCAAGGAGGGAGUUUGGAGUGCCACUUAAGCAUACAGUUGACAUUCUCUGGUACAGACAAGAAUCUUAAUACACUCAAUUCUUGGUAUGAGCUCAACAAUCUUCGUCACAACUCUCUUCUUCGCCUCUUCAACUCACUUACUAAUUCUCUCCUUAAUUAAACAACUCUCUUUAGUGUAAUUAAACCUAUCAAAAAUUAAUAAUU